AUGAAUCGGGGUGAUGCAAACGAUGAGUUGGCGCCCGAUGCCCCUUUGCUGUCAACAGAGCAAGCGGCCGUUGAUGACACCCCUCACCUUGCUGCUGACAGCCAGACCUUGAUCUUGGACUUACGGGACUCGGGCAGCCUGUUUAUUUGGGCCUUGACAUUUUCAGCCGGUAUAAGUGGGCUUCUAUUUGGUUAUGACACAGGCGUCAUCUCUUCGACCCUCGUAUCUAUUGGCUCUGAUCUCUCAGACCGUGUCCUGACGACCCUAGACAAGAGCCUAAUCACAUCUUGCACGAGUCUCUUCGCUUUAGUGGCAAGUCCGUUGGCUGGAAUAUUGGCAGAUAAGCUCGGUCGUCGGAGAGUUAUACUUGUGGCAGAUGUUCUAUUUACUCUGGGAGCCUUGAUACAGGCCAUUACCGGCCAAGUAUGGGGCAUGAUACUCGGGAGAAGUGUUGUUGGUCUAGCCGUCGGUGCUGCGAGCUUGGUUACUCCGUUGUAUAUCUCCGAGUUGGCGCCUUCUCAUGCCCGAGGGAGAUUCGUGACUAUCUUGUGCCUCUUCAUCACUGGGGGCCAGGUUGUAGCUUACAUAGUUGGCUGGCUGUUCUCCACAACCACCAGUGGCUGGCGCUGGAUUGUCGGCCUUGGAACUCUCCCGGCUGUGCUGCAAUCCAUCAUUGUCGUUGCCUUACCCGAAACUCCCCGAUGGUUGGUCCAGGCAGGCCUGGAGGCAGAGGCUCUUCGUGUGUUGUCCAGGGUCUAUCAGGGCCAGACUGACAAUCAUCAGAUUGCUAAGCAAGUCGUGCGCAGUAUUCAGCUUGAGGUAGCUGAAGAGGAAGAAGAGAUGGACCGCAUUAAACCUAGUAUCGAUUGCGGUAGGAAACCAUGGCUUGGGAAAGUUGCAAAGCGUGCUCAAAAUCUCUUUCGCGUUGGCGGAAAUAGAAGAGCAUUGAUCAUCGCCACCAUGUUGCAAGGACUACAGCAACUUUGCGGCUUCAACAGUCUCAUGUAUUUCUCGGCGACGAUCUUUUCAAUGCUCGCAUUUUCCUCGCCCACCCUUACGUCUCUAUCUGUGGCUGUGACCAAUUUUCUCUUUACGCUGUUGGCGUGUGCGCUGAUCGAUAGAAUUGGCCGGCGUCGUAUCCUGUUAUAUUCAAUACCUGUCAUGGGUGUAUCACUAAUUGUCUGUGCCUUGGCUUUCGGCUCUAUGGAGCUGCCACGAUUUUCUUCUGAGCCGCAAUCACAAGCCCAAGCCGACAAUGGCGCCACGAAUAAGUCGUUUCUUCCAAUCGCUAUUCUUCUCUGCCUCACUGUGUAUACCGCCUCCUAUGCUUUUGGACUAGGCAACGUGCCCUGGCAACAGUCAGAAUUGUUUCCCCUGAAUGUGCGUUCACUUGGAUCGGCUCUCGCGACUGCAACGAACUGGGGGUCCAAUUUCAUUGUCGGGCUUACCUUUUUGCCCAUGAUGGAUUGGCUUUCUCCGGGUUGGACAUUUACUGCCUAUGCGGGCGUUUGUGUUGUUGGAUGGGUUGGCGUCUGGGCCAUAUAUCCCGAAAUGAGCGGCCUUAGCCUGGAGGAGGUCAAAGGCCUUCUCGCCAACGGUUGGGGUGUCAGAGAAAGUUUGACAAGGAAUCGCGGUAGGGUGCAAGUUGGUUAG